AUGAGUUCGAUCAUUUUGGAACCACAUCUUGGUGAUCCUGGAACCACUCGACGCAAGCCGCGAAAUGAUGCGGCGACCGGAGUCUCCGCCGGCAGUGUUCGCGCACUCAGUGCGCAAAUGGUAGCUUUUUACUUUCGGGCUCCGAUCAAGGCGUUCUUUCGCACCCGUGUUGAAGCUGUGAACCCUCGCGUGGCAGAAGGAAAGUGGUCAUUACAUACCACAACACCGGGGCUGUUACUGCAUGCUGUGAGAACCUAUGGCUGGCAGUUCAUUCCCAAUCAAGUCUUGCCGCCGUUGAUGGCAAAUGCAGGUCUGGCCACCUGCUCCCCCUCUGCGACGUUUGCCGCCGGUUUCACAGCCGGCACCAUUCAGUCCAUCAUUGCUGCUCCGCUAGACGCAUUGCAGGUUCGACUUCAAACCAGUGACAUGUUGAGUGGACAAUACCGCAGCAUGUGGCACUACGGACACCAGAAGCUUAAACAGAUCGGUGUACGAGGAAUCUUCGCCGGAUGGAGUCUAUCGUUCCUACGAGACUCGUUCGGCUAUGCCAUCUUCUUCUCCACGUUUGAAUAUGUCAAGUCACAGUCUUACUAUUCCUUUGUCACCUGGUAUUACGGUGCGCUGCGUGCAGAGACGGUGGAUCGGCUUCCCUCCCCCGGAUCAAGUGAUCGCGGCGUGCCUCUCAUCAAGCCGCACUACGCCUUGGAACCAUGCUUCCUCAUGAUGGCAGGCGUCUUCGCCUCGGUGGCUCAGCAGACGAUCCAGCAUCCGAUUGGCCGGGUUCAGGAUUUGCACCUGGGCCGACUGGAGUACCUGGAUUCUCAAGCGAGCAUGGAUCCCUCGCGGCGGCAGAUGCUGCGGAUCUACUAUCACGCGUACCAAGAGACAUUCAAACGCAUCCGGCGCAAGGCUGCACGGGCCGGCGGGUUGCGCGCAUGGCUCUACCGGGGCUUUGCGGGGAGUGCACUGCGCCAAGUACCCAGCACCAGCGCGGGCCUGGUGAUCUUUGAGUUGGUGCGUCGUCGAUACGCGAGCCUGGCGGACGCGGUCACGGCGCUGGACUCGGCCAGUGAAAAGGAUAGUCGUCGCUCGCACUCUUCAACUCGCUCCGGCGAGUCUGGUUUCUCGAUCUGGUCAGAUACGGGAGAUCUCGCCGAACAGCUCGCCGAGGAGGAUCCAUUAAAGGGCUCAUUUCGCCAGUCACUCGAGCAUCGGGUUCGACGAGGGAGAGGGAACCCCUCCAAGAGAGUGCACUACGCGCCCGACGCUGAAUUUACUCGUCAUUCCCUCGACCCGGAAAAGGAGCAGAUUCCCAUCCCCAACCCGCCGCCUCGUCGGGUCCCCAAGGCCGAGCGUAUCUUAGCGGCCAUCAUGUCGCCUCGCAAUGGGCAAAAUGCCCAAUCCUCGACCGGGGGCUAUGUAUUCGUAUCACUAGGCGUCUUUCUCUUUGGCUAUGACCAAGGUGUUAUGUCCGGAAUUAUCACGGGACAUUAUUUCCGAGACUACUUUGAUCAACCGUCGCGAGCCACAAUUGGCACUGUCGUGGCUAUCCUCGAAGUCGGUGCCUUUAUCUCUUCUUUGUUAGUAGGCCGCAUCGGUGAUGUCAUCGGUCGUCGCCGGACAAUUCUCUAUGGCUCCGCCGUGUUCUUCGUUGGCGGCGGCUUGCAGACCUUUGCUUUGAACAUGCCCAUGAUGAUGGCGGGCCGGGUCGUGGCUGGUCUCGGCGUCGGUGCGCUGUCCACCAUUGUGCCUGUGUAUCAGUCGGAAAUCUCGCCUCCCCAUAAUCGUGGAAAAUUGGCCUGUAUUGAAUUCACUGGAAACAUCGCCGGAUACGCGACCAGUGUCUGGGUCGACUACUUUUGCAGUUUCAUCGAGUCGGACAUUUCAUGGCGUCUGCCCUUACUGUGCCAAUGUAUCAUGGGCGCUUUGUUGGGCCUCGGUAGCCUGAUCAUUUGCGAAUCUCCUCGAUGGCUUCUCGAUAAUGACCAUGACGAAGAAGGCAUGGUCGUCAUUGCCAACCUUUACGGUGAGGGUGAUAUUCACAACGACAAGGCGCGGCAAGAAUACCGCGAGAUCAAGAUGAACGUGCUUUUGCAGCGACAAGAGGGUGAACGAUCCUACAGUGACAUGUUCAAGCGGUACUCGAAGCGCGUCUUCAUUGCUAUGUCGGCACAGGCUUUGGCUCAAUUGAACGGUAUCAAUGUCAUCUCGUACUAUGCGCCGUUGGUCUUCGAAUCGGCUGGGUGGGAAGGCCGGUCGGCUAUCUUGAUGACCGGUAUCAACGGAAUCAGCUACCUGCUGUCGACAGUGCCGCCGUGGUACUUGGUGGAUAAAUGGGGUCGUCGGCCUAUCCUGCUUUCCGGUGCAGUGGCUAUGAUGAUUUCCCUGUCUCUGAUCUCCUACUUCAUCCACAUUGAUAUCAAGGCCACGCCGACAUUGACCGUGAUCUUCGUGAUGGUCUAUAAUGCCGCUUUUGGUGCGUCAUGGGGACCGAUUCCCUGGCUCUACCCUCCCGAGAUUCUCCCUCUGAGCAUUCGCGCCAAGGGUGCCAGUCUUAGUACCGCCAGCAACUGGGCCUUCAACUGGCUCGUUGGAGAAUUGACUCCGAUCCUGCAAGGUCUGAUCGGAUGGCGAUUGUAUCUGCUCCACGCCUUCUUCUGCGCGUGCAGUUUCGUUACGAGCGGUGUUCGUCUUGAAGACAUGAAUGUUCUGUUCGGUGAUGCUACCACCGCCAUGCCUACGCCCGUCACCGAUGCUGAGCGAGGCUCGUUGAUCGGCGGUGGCUCACCCGUCCCCUCGCUCGACAUCCGCCGGCCUUAUGGCCAACUUGGCGCCGACAGUGCUAUUCCCGGGUUGGAUAUCGAUCCCCCCACCAUGAGUGGCGAUGGCUACAACAAGUCUGGCCGAGCCGGAUCGCAGGCCGGGAGCCAUCGUGGGGAGGGCAUUGGAGGCUGGAUCUCCAACAUGGUCAACCGCCAUCGCGGAGGCAGUACCAGCUCGAACAAUCCGAGCCAGUAUCGUCGUUUGGACCAAGCCGACGAUGAGUAA